AUGGGAGGUUCGUCGUCUUCCGUAUCGAAUGAAUACGUCAAAGCCCUAGAGACAUUAAUAUCAUCAAAUUACAAGAACGAACAAUUCUUGGACAGGAUUAUUAGCGCUGCUCCACAUAGAAUUGAAGCUCCGCCGGUAGAUCCUAAAAUCCUGAACUCUAUAGCGACCGCCCAACCGGACAAUAUUAUAGGAUUACUCAGGCAAUGCGUCGAUUAUGUUGAAAAGCUUGAGGAAUCGAAAUCUGAUUUAACUGCUGACGAACAUAACAAAUUUUCACUUGUUUUACAACUUUUCGUUACCGCCUCUACAGUACUUGCUCACAACCCGAAGCUCAUUAAGCAAUUCGAAGAGCUUGUUGUAGUUCCAGGAUCCGAAGUCAUCUACGCCGACGAGAAGCCAAAGAAGGCCAAGAAGGAAGAAAAAGCUGCUGAACCAAAGAAAGGCAAGAAGGCAGCCAAGAAGGUCGAAAGCGACGAAGAUGAAGAAGAGGAAGAGGAAGAAGAGCCAGAGGAGAAGCCAAAGAAGAAGGGAAAGAAGGGCGCCAAGGUCGAAGAAGAAGCUCCGAAGAAGAAAGGAAAGAAAGGAGCCAAACAGCCAGAGCCAGAAGAGAAACCAAAGAAGAAAGGCAAGAAGGCAGCCAAGCAACCAGAGCCAGAAGAGGAAGAGGAGGAAGAAGAAGAGCCAGAAGAGAAGCCAAAGAAGAAAGGAAAGAAAUUUAAAGCUGCCGAGCCAGAACCAGAAGAAGAGAAGCCAAAGAAGAAAGGAAAGAAAUUUAAAGCUGCCGAGCCAGAACCAGAAGAAGAGAAGCCAAAGAAGAAAGGAAAGAAAGGAGCCAAGGCAGAAGAACCUGUAGAAGAAGAAAAGCCAAAGAAGAAAGGAAAGAAAGGUGCCAAAGCCGAUCCAGAGCCAGAAGAAGAGAAGCCAAAGAAGAAAGGCAAGAAAGGAGCCAAAGUAGAAGAACCAGAGCCAGAAGAAGAGAAACCGAAGAAGAAAGGAAAGAAAUCCGCUGCCGCUCCAGCAGAAGAAGAAAAGCCAAAGAAGAAAGGCAAGAAGGCCAAAGUUCCUGAGCCAGAACCAGAAGAGGAAGAGGAGGAAGAAGAGGAACCAGAAGAGAAGCCAAAGAAGAAGGGAAAGAAAGCGGCCAAAGUAGAAGAAGAAGCUCCAAAGAAGAAAGGAAAGAAAUCUAAGGCAGCAGAACCAGAGCCAGAAGAAGAGAAGCCAAAGAAGAAAGGAAAGAAGUCAGCUGCUGCUCCUGUAGAAGAAGAGAAGCCAAAGAAGAAAGGUAAGAAAUCCAAGAUCCCUGAACCAGAACCAGAGGAAGAAGAAGAGGAGGAAGAGGAACCAGAAGAGAAGCCAAAGAAGAAGGGAAAGAAGGCUGCUGCUAAAGCUGAAGCUCCAAAGAAGAAAGGAAAGAAAACUAAAGUUGUAGAUUCAGAUGAAGACGAAGAGGAAGAAGAGGAAGAAAAGCCAAAGGCAAAGAAGCCAUCCAAGAAAGGAAAGAUCGUCGAACAAGACGAAUCAACAACAAAAGUCGAUCGCAGCUCAAUGUCUCUCUUAUCUCGCUUUACAUCAUCUGUAUUCAAGUGCAUGUUCAAGAGCAACAUCACUGUUACAGAAAAGGAUACUGGAUUCUGGUCAGAUAUAUCAUCUACAAAUGAGAACGCCGCUCUCACCCGCUAUGACUUCGUCCAUACUGUCCUUGCCCUUACAAAUAUUGCUGCUGUCGCACAUCCCAUCAAACCACUCCCAAGAUACACAAUCAGCGUUCCUCCAUUCAGAGGUGAUCUCUUCAUCAACAGCCUCUGCCGCAUCGCAGCCAACUUCGUCAGCGAGUUCAAUUCCGGCUCCAUUACCGUUUACAGCGCUGAGAUGAUCAAGAAUUGUUUCGCAUUAGUCGCAGACUUCGCUACAAAGGAUCCACUCUUCGCCCGCGGCUUUGCCAAGAUCGAUCCAGAGGUCGCCAUCCAGGCAUUUACAGGAAAUCCGAUCCAAAACGAGUUGAUUUUCGAUCCAACCUCUGCAUUCUCAUCUGCUUCACUUUCCUUCUUGUACAUGAUGGCCUUGAACAAUCCAACCUUCGUUCAGACCCUCGCUAAGAAGGAUCUUUCGAACAGAUUCAUUUUCGACCUUAUCUACACGAUGCAGUUCUCAUUCGAGAAGGUCGGAGUCUGCUACGUCCACUCCAUCCUUGUUUCCACUCUCAUGCUCCUUCUCAACGACAAAUUAGCAGUUGAGAACUUAAUGCAGCCACAGAAGCAGCGAUUACUCGUCAACUUCAAGCCACAUUCAUCAACAUUCGUCGACUUACUCAUUGAGAUUGUUCUCAACCUCUCAAAGAACGAAUCUCUCCUUCCAUCGAUUGUCUGCCUCUACCAUUUGAUUUCGGAGCAUAUCAAGGAGAUUUCUCUCUUCGCAACAUUCAAACUCUUGACUCUCUUCGAAACAAUCGCCGAAGCUACACUCAAAGACAAGAGCGAGCGCAAUCGCCGUCUUUGCGAGAUCUUCAUGGAAGGUUUCGUAAGGAAUAUGAUGAACGGUGUCAACAUCAGAGUACUUUUCGUCCAGAAAGCUCCAAUUUUCCGCAAACUCGAAUCAGAUGACGAUCUCGAGUUCAACUCUUCUUUGGAGGCCAUCGUUGCAUUCCUCGGUGAAGCAAAGAAGAUGAUGUCCAAGGCAAACAAGAAGACAAUGGGUACAGAGGAGGCAUACGAGAUGUUCAAGGGAAUGGACAUGGAAGAUGUAUUCGAAGACAUCGACGUCGAGUUCAAGAACCAUCCUCACAUCUUCGCAGGAGAAAUGAAGAAGACUUGGGUCGAAUGGUCUGAGAUGCUCUCCCUCAAGGCUUAUGAGGUAGAAACAAAUAUGUUGAACCAGGUUCAGUUGUAA